GUCAUGCUGCGAGCUCGGGAGAUCCAGGGCAGCGGUGUGAGAGAGCGUUCGGCGGCGAAGUGUGUCAAACUGACGCUGUGACUUGACUGGAAUUUUAGGAAGAUAUUAUUUUAUUUAGCCGGACAGGACGGAGACCUGCUUUGAGACAUCCAACCUGUACGAAAAGGAAGACUUUUUAAGUUGUCAGCAAACCGUGUGCUCAUCUGAAUUCCCACUUAAAGCCCCACCAUGAAGAUGGGUUGAUCUGAUUGCACCUUGAUUCACUUCUUUAAACCCAGUCCGAUGUCUGAGGACUCAGAUUCCAAACCGUACCUGUUCUCCUCCCUUGAGGGACAGAACGAGGUAGCCGGCUGCAGUUCGAUGGCGACGUUGCAUCGGAUGGGCAGUUUCGCGGAGGGGGCCGAACUUGGCCUGGCAUCUGAAGGAAGUGACAGUAGCCAAGACCCUCCCGCCUCGCCCCAUAACAACCGGAAGAUGGCACGUUCCCUCCAUGAGGAUGUGGAUAUGAAGAGUAGUGGGUCCAGUGGGAGUGGAACAGAGUCCCAUGGUAACGAGUCCCAUGGUAAUGAUUCUCAUGGAAACGAGUCGCAUGGCAAUGAGUCUUCUGGGAGUUCCAAUAGCCGAAGCAAAGACUCUGCACUAUUAGAGUCAUCAGGGAGUAACAAAAGCUCCAACUCUCACAGUCCCUCACCACCCAGCAGCACAAACGCCUUCAGCCUUCUGAGUGCCAGCUCAGAGCAAGACAACCCGUCUACCAGCGGCUGCAGUAGCGAAGAAUCUGCCAAGGCAAAGACGCAAAAAGAGUUGCUCAAAACUCUGAAGGAGCUGAAGCUUCAUUUGCCACCAGAGAAGCGGAACAAAGGCAGCAAGUCAACAACGCUCAACACUCUGAAAUAUGCCCUGCGCUGCGUCAGACAGGUGGAGGCAAAUGAAGAAUACUAUCAGCUGCUUAUGAUUAAUGACAGUCAGCCAUCAGGGCUUGACGUCUCAUCAUAUACCAUAGAGGAGAUAGACAGCAUCACCUCUGAAUACACCCUCAAAAACACAGAUAUCUUUGCAGUGGCAGUGUCCCUCAUCACUGGGAAGAUCGUCUACAUUUCAGACCAGGCCGCCUCCAUCUUGAACUGCAAACGCGACGUGUUCAAGAACGCUAAGUUUGUGGAGUUUCUUACACCGCAGGACGUUAGCGUGUUUUAUAGCUUCACCACACCGUACAGACUGCCGUCCUGGAGCAUGUGCACUGGUGCAGAGUCGUCACCGUCAGACUGCAUGCAAGAGAAAUCCUUCUUCUGUCGUAUUAGUGGUGGUAAAGAGUGUGAAGGAGAUCUUCAGUACUAUCCCUUCAGAAUGACUCCUUAUCUGAUGAAGGUGCAGGAUACGGAGCACUCUGAAGAUCAGUUUUGCUGCCUCCUGCUGGCCGAGAGAGUGCACUCUGGCUAUGAAGCUCCCAGAAUCCCCACGGACAAACGAAUCUUCACCACAACACACACACACAGCUGUGUUUUUCAGGAUGUGGAUGAGAGGGCUGUUCCAUUACUAGGAUAUCUACCACAGGAUUUGAUUGGCACACCUGUCCUUCUGCACCUGCAUCCCAAUGAUCGAUCAAGCAUGCUUGGCAUCCACAGGAAGAUCCUGCAGUAUGCUGGCCAGCCGUUUGAUCACUCGAUCCGCUUCUGUGCUCGUAAUGGAGAGUACAUCACCAUAGACACCAGUUGGUCCAGCUUUGUCAAUCCUUGGAGCCGCAAAGUGUCUUUCGUCAUCGGCAGACACAAAGUUCGCAUGGGUCCAGUGAAUGAAGAUGUGUUUGCAGCUCCGGCCACAGCUGAGGGCAAAUCCAUCGACUCAGACAUCCAGGAAAUCACUGAGCAAAUUCACCGACUCCUGGUGCAGCCGGUGCACAACAAUGGCUCUAGUGGCUAUGGGAGUCUGGGCAGUAACGAUCAUCUGAUGAGUGUGGCGUCAUCUAGUGAAAGUAACGGUAAUGGAACACGUCAGCGACAAGAGGAAGAGGAUGGCAAUAGAGCCAAGCCGAGGAGCUUUCAGGAGAUUUGCAAAGGAGUUCACAUGCAGAAAAACCAAGAGCUGCAGCUGAAGAAGAGCCCUUCAAAGUUUGUACAGAAAAGUCCAGUGGUUCGACCCAAAGACUCGGCGUGUCUCGCCACCUGGAGAGAGUCUCCCGAGGAGCAGCGUGCCACUGGGCAAGAGGAGCUGGCCUUCAAAGACCAGACCGUCUACUCCUAUCAGCAGAUUAGUUGCCUGGACAGUGUAAUCAGAUAUUUGGAGAGCUGUAAUGUGCCCAUAACAGUGAAGAGAAAGUGCCAAUCCUCCUCAAACACAACAUCCUCAGACGAGGACAAGCAGAGAGGUGUGGAGAGCUCCAUGCAAGUGUCUGAAGCAACAGGCCAUCUAAAGGACCAACCAGGACUUUCGUCAUUAGAUGUCUCCAAGAAGCCCCCAGGCUCUGGUGUAGUGACUCCAUCUCUGACCCCUCUCCCGCUGCCCAGUAAACCUGAAAGCGUUGUGUCCAUUACCAGCCAGUGCAGCUACAGCAGCACGAUUGUACACGUGGGAGACAAGAAAGUCGUAUCCUCAACAAGACACAUCUCUCCAAAGCAAGAAUUCUCUACCAAACUUCACUUGCAAAAGAUCAUUGAAGACGUCCCCAGCGCUGAAGGAACUGAAGGUCAGGGUCUCGCUGUCCCUCCGGCUGCACUCUCACCGCACAAUCCUGAGCGAGAGGCUUACAAGAAACUGGGCCUGACCAAGCAUGUUCUGGCGGCACAUACCCAGAAGGAAGAGCAGGCGUUCCUCAGCCGCUUCAGAGAGCUGCGAGGUGUGCAUGCUUUUAAAGCCGACUGCUCCCUCUAUCUGGAGAGACAGAAAGGACAAGUUACAUCUGAGGCUGUUCCUGCUGCUCGCUCAUGUAAGCAAGGUGGUGGCGGUGCACCGGAGACCACCGGAACCCGCCGGGGUCGCAACAAGAAGACCAAGUCCAAGCGGAUCAAGCCGAAUGAGUCCUCUGACAGCACACCUUCCGGCCGUAGGCCGACACCCAGACCUCAGUUACAGGGCCUCAACCAGACAUCCUGGUCUCCCUCGGACACAUCCCAAUCCACCUUCCCCAUCGCCUAUCCAGCUGUGAUGCCUGCGUACCCACUGCAGAUGUACCCGGGAGCCGGCGGCAUGCAGCCCAGGGUGGAUGCUCAGAUGCCAGGCUUCGGGGAGGCUCAGUGCAGCCAAGAUCCACGCAUCCCGAUGCAGCCCAUACAGACUCCAUACUCGGCUCCUCUGGUCACCCCCAUGGUGGCGCUUGUACUGCCCAAUUACAUGUUCCCACAGAUGGGCAGCCCUCCGCGGCAGCCAUUCUACCCCAAGGAGGGAAGUUUCCCUGCGCAGCCUUCCUUUCAACCUCAGCCUAGUUUCACCACACAGGCAACAUUCCCUCCGCAGUCGACCUUUACCAUACAGACUCAGUUCACCUCCCAGAACCCCUUUACCCCACAGGCUCCAUUUCAGCCACAGCCAUUCCAGUUUGCUAGCCCUGAGGAACCCCCAAAACGACCCGACCCUGAGCUGAGGGAGGAGCUGUUGCGAACCCCCACCCCACAGUCCAUGGGAGGAAGCAGUCCACCCUCCCCGCCUUUGUUCCAGUCACGCUGCAGCUCACCUUUGCAGCUCAACCUGCUGCAGUUAGAGGAGACCCAACGCUCUGCUGAGAGGCAGGAGAGCAUGGCGCCAUCUGUUGUACCACAAGGCAACUGCAGCAGUAGUGUGGAGAAAGCAGGGAGUGCAGUCGGGCAAACCAAAACUGACAAAGAUGUGCUACAGGAUGAAGGAUCACCUGUCGAUGGUCAACAUAGCGAUGAGUUCUCAUCAUCUAGCGACCUGCUGGACAUUCUCCCAGAGGACUCACGCUCUGGCACUGGCUCUGCCACCUCAGGCUCCAUGGGCUCUGGUUCUAACGGCUGUAGAACGUCUGCCAGUGGCGGAUCUGCCAGUAGAACUGGAAGCAGCAACACAAGCAACAACAGCAGUAACUACUUCGGCAGCGUGGAUUCCUCUCAGAAGUCCCGUAAGGCCAAGGGGCAAGGCUCUGUAGCGCUGGCGCUGGAUAGGAGUGAGAACCUGAUCAAGUAUGUACUGCAGGACCCACCAUGGCUGCUCAUGGCUAACGUAGACGAAGAUGUUAUGAUGUCAUACCAGUUACCAUCUCGUGACAUCCAGAAGGUUCUGAGGGAGGACAGGGAGAAGUUGCGGCAGAUGCAGAAAAGUCAGCCACGCUUUACAGAAGAUCAAAAGAGAGAGCUGGCAGAAGUGCAUCCCUGGAUGAGAAGAGGCGGACUGCCCAAAGCCAUUGACGUCAAGGCGUGUGUCAGCUGUGAAGAGGUCAGUGAAACCCUGACAGAGGAGGAUCCACCAGAUCUGCACAUGGGGGAAUCAGAAACCAAUGAUGUCACCGCGCCUCCGGCCAAUAGCAGUGAAGAUCCUUCACACUAAAGAGCACAUGGCUGUCCAGGUCUUGUUACCUAAACCAGACCUCUUUUCCACAUGUAAAAACACAGACCUCAUCUGAUCGGGCAAUGCGGACAUUUUAGCAUCAAGAAAAUGCUUCUGCCGCAGCCACAGAUCUUCACGAAGACUCGUUCUGGUUGCUAGUUUGUGUGAGUGUGUACAGAUGUGUAAAUACAUGAGUGAGUAAGUGCGUGAGUGAGUGAGUGAGUGAGUGAGUGUGAGAGCAUAUCAAAGUCAACAGAUUAUUUCCAGACAGUCUGAACUGUCUUUAAAGCCAGACUCUGUGCUGUUCAGUGACCAUUACUGUUGGACUUUAAAAUUAAGGAAUAAUAUUUCCUUUUCAGUGUUUCCCUGGCAGUUUUUCCCUGUGUAUAUAUACAAACUAACUUAUUUUCUUCUUUAUGACUUUCUUUUUCUAUAAAAGAAAAUAUUUUAUAUGGUUUUUUUUUUUCUCCUUCUGAAAAGACGUAAAAGCACUUGACACAGUUCUUCUGGUGUUUGAUAGUUGUGUUGUGGGAUAGAUUUCUGAUAUCCUUUCAAAUUCACAAUUCUACACUGAGGACUUGUAGGUUAUGAGCUGAAAUUUAAUUUAUUAAACUAGGGCAGUUGAAAGGUACACAAAGCACGAUAACUUUGCUUUAGCACUUGCAGCAAAAUUUGAUCAGAUUGUGAAUGUGUUAAGACCUCAAGUGCAAUGCAUUAGUAGCAUUAGGUGAAUUUUUUCAGAAAAGUAUUUUGGGCUAAAGAGUUUAGGUGCUAUUGUUUUGUUCAGACUGCUUGUCUGAUUGUCUGUUGCUAUAUAGAACCUCCAGUGUUAAAUGUCUCCUUUUAUAAGCCCAAACAUAUGUUGAAUCUGCUGAGACCGAGGUCUAACCCUGAUCUCUCUGACUGCCCCCACCUAAACCUGCUGUAUAACCACAAUUACCAUAAAUCUACAAUUACUACAGCUCAAAAACACCUUAUACAUAAGGGCAGAAUGAAGGUUUAAAUGUCAGAUUCAAAGGUCUCCAUUUGAAGGUCAACUUGGCUUUAAGCUUUUAGUAUUGAAGAAUCUAUUUCACAACAUUUAGCCCACGUUGUAUAUAAAUGUCCUUGCAUUUUGUCACUUUCAAACUUGUGGUGUUCCUUUAUGCUGCCCCUUUUUGUUGUUUAAUAAUUUGAAAUAAAGUCUAUUUUUUAGAAAGAAA